AUGGGGGACCAUAAACGCACAAUAGAAGGAAUCCGUCCAGCAGCGGGGAAGCCAGGCCCUGUCCAUGAUUAUUCUUUACAGAAAAUCAUUGAGCUUGUGGAGAAGGAAAAACGGCCAGACAGCUCCAAACCUUCUCCUCAAUCUGGUAAUGGAGAAAGGCUCGAAGGCUCAAAGGCCCGAAGGGUGAUGUGGGAUUCCUUUGUGAAAAUGCAGCGUGGGUUACCAAAAUUGGACAAAAUACUGGAAGAAAUAAAAGACCUCGAUUUUGAUCCAUUUGACAUGAACACCGCACGAGGUUUACCCGAAGGAGCCAGGCAGCUGAAAGAUGUUCAAAAGAAACACAAAGAGGUGCUUCGGGUGCAAACUGAAAGGCUGAAAAUGAACACUGUCCUAAUAAAGGAGAAGGUGAAGAUUUUCCAGCUAGUUAAUCGAUACACUGAUCUAACAAUGAUUUCUACUGUACGAUAUCGGACUCUUGUAGAACAUGAACUUCUGGCAAGAGGCCGAGACCAUGAGGAAUGGAGAGACAAACAUCUCCGAAGGGAGCUGGAAAAAAUCCAGUCCAAUCAAUUGUUCAAAAGCAGCUUUUCCCAGGGCCACAGUUUGGUCAACAAAAUGAAGAGGUUACUCCACCAACCCAAAUCUGGGAGUUCAGCAGCAGUAAGUGGAGUACGAGGAAUUGGAAAAACAACAAUGGUACAAAAGAUUGUUUAUGACUGGGCCACUGGCAGAAUCUACCAAAAUUUUCAAUUUGUUUCCGGUUUCAAAUUUCCUGAUUUGAAUAUGAUUUGCUGCAAAAUAAAUCUCAGGAAUCUAAUACUGGAUCAGUAUCCUUACUUUGGGAAAGUUCUGGGGCAGCUCUGGAAGAACCCAGAGCAAUUGCUGUUUAUAUUCGAUGGUUUGGAUGAAUUCAAGGACAGUAUUGAUUUUACUGACAAUCGUAGAAAUACAGAACCUCACUCCAAGUGCACAGAUCCUGAAUUCCAGUGUGGAGUGUCUGACGUUGUGUACAGUUUAAUCCAGCACAAGCUGGUCCCUGGAUGUUCAGUGUUAAUAACCAGCCGUUCCACUGCAUUACAUUUAUUGGAAAAGGCUGAGAUCAGUGUCUGGGCUGAAAUCCUAGGACUUGUUGGUGAUGAACGGAAGGAAUUUUUCAACAAGUUUUUUGAAGAUCAGUCGGUGGCAUCCGCUAUUUUCAAACAUGUGGAGGAGAACGAGAUCCUAUACACCAUGUGCUACAAUCCUUCAUACUGCUGGAUCCUCAGUCUGUCACUGGGUCCCUUCUUCACACAAUUUGAAACGAAACAGCAGCAAGUUCCCAAGACCAUCACCCAGCUAUAUUCCUACUAUAUUUACAACAUUCCGAAAAACCAUGGCCGAGAGAUUGAAGACCCCCGUAAUGUGUUACGGAAUCUUGGUGAGAUGGCCAUCAAAGGAGUCUCUGAGAAGAAGAUUGUGUUCAGAAAUGGAGAUCUGAUCCAGUACAACCUGCAACCCUUCCAGUUCUUAUCAGGCUUCCUGAUGGAGCUUCUGGAGACAGAUGAUUCUCUCCGCAGUGUGGUGUACACAUUCCCACACCUUACCAUCCAAGAGUUUGUAGCCGCUCAGGCACAAUUCCUGACUCCAGAUCCUGGGAAAAUACGUAAAUUUUUCCAUGAAGCCCACAGCAAGGAUGAUGGAAGAUUUGAGAUAUUCCUCCGUUUUGUAGCUGGCCUCUCUUCCUCACAGGCAGCUUGGCCCCUGGAGGAGUUUCUGGGUCCAUUUCUUCAUGAAGUAACCUGCGAAGUGAUUGACUGGGUGAAGGAGAUGGUUGGAAAACAGAUUGGAAAGACAAUGCGAGACGCCAGUAAACGGAACCUCUUGAACACUUUGCACUACUUGUUCGAAUCUCAGAACAGGGCACUAGCACGGAUUACAGUGGGAUCUGUGGAGACAUUUAAGUUUAGUGGAUUGCGACUGACCCCAAUUGAUUGUGUGGUGCUGUCUCAUGUCAUUGAACUCUGUGAUUCAGUAAAACAGAUUGAUCUAGAGAGUUGCUUGAUUCAGUGUGAAGGACUCCAGCGGCUGGUAUCUGUUCUGCACAGAUGCCAGGAGUUGAGUCUGCAGAAGAAUAAUCUGGGAGAUUCAGGGAUAGAACUGCUGUCUGCAACUCUGAGGAACACAGCCUGUAAGAUACAGAGAUUGCGGUUGGAUAAUAACGGUCUCACAGCUUCGUGUGCUGAGAAUCUUGCUUUCACCCUAACAGCAAACCAAUCUCUAGCAUUGCUGAACCUUCAUGAAAAUCAAUUAGGUGAUUUAGGAGUGAAACUUCUAUCUAAGGCCAUGACGAAUCCAAAUUGUAAACUACAAAGUCUGGGGUUGAGUAAUAAUGCUCUCACAGAUUCUUGUGCCAAGGAUCUUGCCUCUGCUCUCACUAUAAAUCAGUCACUGACAGAUCUCCAGCUGCGACCUAAUAAUCUGGGAGAUACAGGGCUCAAGCUACUGUCUGAGGUUCUGAGGAAUCCAAACUGUAAAAUUCAGAAAAUUGACCUGUAUAAAAAUACCCUCUCAGAUUCUUCUACUGAGAAUAUUGCGUCUGCUCUCAGUACAAACCAGUCACUGACAGAUCUGAACCUAGGUGGUAAUAAUCUAGGAGAUUCGGGAGCGAAACUAUUGUUUGCAGCUGUAAGGAACCCAGAAUGUUAAAUACAAAAGCUAGGUCUAUCAUCAGUUGGUCUCAUGUGGUCUUCUCAUGAAGAUCUUGCUUCCACCCUGAGCACAAACCGAUCCCUGACAGAUUUAAACCUGAGUAAUAACAAACUGGGGGAUUCGGGUGUGAAACUGCUGUCUGCAGCUCUGAGAAUCACGCACUGUAAAAUACAGAAACUGAGUCUGAAAAGGAAUGCCCUCACAGAUUCUUCUGCUGAGGAUCUCCUCUCCACUCUCACUGCAAGCCAGUCACUGAUGGAUCUGAACCUGGCAUCAAACUCCUUCACAGACCAAUCUGUCCCCACACUCCGCCACCUCCUGCUGACCUGCCAGACUCUGAACUGGUUCGAGCUGCGAGGGAAUCAGUUCAGUCCGAAUGGAAAAAGACAAUUGGAGUCACUACAGGGAUGCAGACAAUGACUGAGUGUGGGCGUGUGA